GGCAGGGGAGGCUUGCAGCUUUUAGAAACACAGACGCACAGAGAGAGGCUUCAUUCCCAGCUCCAAAGAUCCAGCCUGACGCAUCCAGCGCGCCACAUAGAGCGGAGGAAGGGAAAACACAGCCCGACGCGUUAUGUGUGUGUUUGUGUGUGUGUGUGUUCCGCGUGUGUGUGAGCUGGUUUGUCCGCGGUGAAUUAAAAGGCCACCAGGACUGAGGAGAUACCGGGGCCCUGCACGCUGGAACCUUCAUUCCUGUAACGGAGAGGGAAAGAGAGGUGGCGUAAAAAAAAAAAAACAGGCGCGAGAAGCGGACUGAGCUGCCUUCGGUCAUGGUGCGCACCUGCCGCACAUCCGCUCCCGGACCGGACUGCUGAAUUUAGGGAGGAGGAGGAGGAGGAGGGGGGCAACUUUUUGGAGCAAGAAGUUGCCGUCAGAUCGGAGGGGAGAAGGAAGAAAGGAGGAGGGAGGAGGGGGGACACGAAAAACUAAAUCCCUCCAUCGAGUAGAGUCACCUUGUUUUUAUUUUUCUUCACAUUUCCAUCCCUCGACAGGAAGGCGAAACGGCGGCUUCAGUCGAUUAUCUCUCUUUCCUUUGCUAUCCAAUGGAUAUUCACUGCAAGGCAGACCCGUUCACAGCCAUGCACCUUGUGUCCCACGUAGGGCACGGAGGUGUAAACCAGCUCGGCGGGGUGUUUGUGAACGGCAGACCCCUCCCGGACGUGGUGAGGCAGCGGAUCGUGGAGCUGGCCCACCAGGGYGUCCGGCCCUGCGACAUCUCCAGACAGCUGCGCGUGAGCCACGGCUGCGUGAGCAAGAUCCUGGGCAGGUGGGUGAAGACUCCCCGGCGAAGAUACUACGAGACUGGUAGCAUCAAACCUGGAGUGAUUGGUGGCUCUAAACCCAAAGUGGCCACUCCAAAAGUGGUGGAAAAAAUCGCAGACUACAAGAGACAAAACCCAACCAUGUUUGCCUGGGAAAUUAGAGACMGACUGUUGGCAGAGGGCAUCUGUGACAACGACACUGUUCCCAGCGUCUCAUCCAUUAACAGGAUCAUCAGAACAAAAGUUCAGCAGCCUUUCCAUCCAUCUCCUGACGGGACAUCACUGUCAGCACCAGGCCAUACAAUUGUACCAAACACAGCGUCUCCACCUGUAACCAGCGCCUCCAACGACCCUGCGGGAUCCUACUCCAUCAAUGGGAUUUUGGGUAUUCCACGAUCCAACGGUGAAAAGAGGAAAAGAGAUGACGAUGGUUCAGAUGGUUCUGGCCCAAACAGUGAUUCUCAGGGUAGCGUGGAGAGUUUACGGAAACACCUGAGGGCAGACGCCUUUACACAGCAGCAGCUGGAAGCUUUGGACCGGGUCUUUGAGCGCCCUUCGUACCCCGACGUCUUCCCCACAUCGGAACACAUCAAACCGGAGCAGGCUAAUGAGUACUCGCUGCCUGUCCUGAAUUCCAGCCUGGACGAAGUCAAGCCCAGUUUAUCCUCUAGCGCCAACCCAGACUUGGGCCCCAGCGUGUCGCAAAGCUACGCUGUAGGCCGAGAUAUGGCCAACACAACCUUACCUGGGUACCCCCCUCACGUUCCCCCCACAGGCCAGGGCAGCUACCCAACCUCCACGCUCGCUGGAAUGGUUCCUGGGAGCGAGUUUUCGGGGAACCCCUACAGUCAUCCGCAGUACACAACUUACAACGAAGCCUGGCGAUUCAGCAAUCCAGCAUUACUAAGUUCCCCUUAUUAUUAUAGUGCCGCAUCGAGAGGCUCCGCCCCUCCCACUGCUGCCACUGCCUAUGACCGUCACUAGUUACCAUGGAAACCAAAUCAACCUGCAGGACCAUGGCCUCAGCCUCCAUAUUGCCCCGGUGUGAACGGCACGGUCCACUGGACUCUGAGCAGCAGCGCAUAUACAUGUUCCCAACACAGUCACAGAAAAAAAAUUACAAUGGAAACUUUAUAGUUUUGGGGGGAUUUAAGACGACUGCUGUUUCUGAUUGCAUUUUUCCCUUUUUUUUUUUUUUUUGACUUUUAAAGCCAAAAGAAUAAAACUCAAAAACAUCAUGAUGGACAUUGAAUGAUUAUCUUUUUUCCACCCUCAUGAUUAAACUGGAGUGGUUUUAGAAGAAUGAAAUGAAAAAGAGACCAGACAAAAAUAUCCAGGAUUUAUUUCCCCCUCCUGCAGCGUCACACUUUUAUCCAACAGUGGAUCAAUACUGUACAUUCCUCUCCUCGAUGGCUCUCAGAAGGGACGUUGUCCAGAACUCACAAUGUGUCAGCAGUUGUUUGGUAUUUUUAUUUCCAUUUUCCUUUUUUUUUUCCCUCCCAUUUGAUUCAAAUUGCAAUGCACAGAAAGGGGAGAUCAGCAGCAGGCUGUGGCAGCUGGUUUUAUCCAUUGGAGCGGGCACUGACCAAACCUUCAGCAUGAGUAAAAAACGAUUGCUUUUGAUGCCACGAGAAGAUUAGGACACGCUCUCUGUGAUACACAAUCAAGAUGUAAAAAUUUAAAAAUGAAAUAAAUAAACAUCAGUACGAGAAAAAAAAAACUAGGAGUCAUCCUAUAUCACCGUGGCUCCAUAUUUGCAAGUAAAUAUGUUCCUAAAAUGUGUUUAUUAUUUCAUUUUUAUAAUUUGGAACAACAAACUGCUCGGCUAGUGUUUGACUAGUUCUUUUGUUGUCAGGAUUUUGAAGUUAAUCAGGCAAAACCUUUGAGUGUUUAUUUUAAUUAUUGUUUUCUUUUGUUAAUUUUGCACUAAUUUUGAUGGUUUGCAACACUGGAACAUUAUUAUGCAGAAAAAAAAUGUGCAUAUUUGCCUUUUUUUUCUAACAAGAGCUGACUGUAAAUCUAGGUCUCAAUCUGAAAAGGCACUUACAGUUUUACAGUUGUAACCCAAGGUCCUUCAUGUCACUGUUUUGACGUGCACUAUCCUAUGUUAUGUUCUCACGGCUUCCGUUUAUUUCAUUAAGUCUUUGGCAUUCAAACACACACACGGAAAGGAUUUAACAGCCAUCCAAGUCAAACCUCUAUCACCGUUUGUGUAAUUCGUUAACAGAAGUGUCUAGGUUCACUCUGAUUUGUUGAUUCCAAUGAAGACAUCAAAAAGCAGGGCGACAGUUUCAGCUAAAAGCCUUAAACAUUUUCCCGGCAACUUUAGCUCCCUCAUAUGUUUCAGGCCAAGUCCUUAUUUUUAAUAAAACUGGAAUGAGAGUUUCAAGUGAAUGUAUUUGCUUUUGCCAAAGACUUAGUUCUUGUUACUGUUUAUUUACAGGCUGCCAAUAUGCAUCAUGAGCAGUAUUAUUAUUAUUAUUAUUAUUAUUAUUAUGAAUCACCCACAAUGUUCAUGAGGGGAAGUUUAUGUAUAAAUUCUAUGCAGUGCAGAGAUGGUCAUCAUAUGCAUAUUCAGCUGUAAACCUAAAGUUAGGUGGAGUUUAUUUAAUGUUUCGUUAUUUGCAAAUUGUUCCUUUUGUAGAAGCAUUUUUUGUUUGUUUGUUUGUUUGUUUGUGUGUGUGAUGUGAAGACACUUCUCUGUAAAUACAGCAAAGAAAAAAAUGUCUUUCAUGUUCAUGAAUAGUAUCACUUUCAUUAUGCUGGUAUCACUUGUACAAUAAUAAAAGUGUCUGAAAUCUUUUAUGCAAAA